AUGGCGCUUGCAGCAUUUCGCCAAGUUGACAGGUGGGCUAAGGCCUUGGAGGAAUGUCGUGGUGACCUGCAAGGCCAGCCCGGCCACAGCAGCGGGCUGGUGGGGUCGCAUGCGCAGGUGCAAGGCGAUGCAAAGAAAGUUGAAGGUUUUCUCGCGAAAGAUGCCAGCAGGCAGACGGCUGAAGCUAAGGAAGCAGAAGCCCAAGUUGAGGCUGGGGGGAUAGACGGACUAACGUACGCGAGCCUGAGAGGCCUACCCAGCAAAGCUUAUGAUGAGCUGGCCACCGUUUUCAACGAAAGUGAAGCCUGCCAAACUGUGCCCAUCCAUUGGCAACAGCAUCAGGUCUGCAUGUUGCCGAAGAAACCGACCAUCGAGAGACCCAUCUCCCUCACCUCCAUCACCUACCGUCUCUGGUGUUUUGUGCGACGGGGUCCAGUCCAGAAGUGGAUUCGCGAAACCCAAGCUUGGGAUAAAGCCACCCCGGGAAACACUUGUUUGCAGAUUGCAGUUCAUCGGCUCUUAAAAGGGGAAGUCAGCCGGACCGCCGGGAAGCAUAUGAUUGCUAUCCUUAUCGAUCUUGAGACUUUCUACGAUUGCGUUGAUUUGCAAUUGUUAGCCAAGCGACUUUGUGAAGCCGAUUUCCCGCCAGUAAUUGGGGCCCUAGCGCUCCAAACAUAUGCUGGUGAACGCCACAUCGUUAGUGAGGAUGUGCUGAGUGAAGGCAUCUGGCCCCAGAAGGGAAUCCCGGCAGGAUGCCCGAUGGCAACCACGAUGGCCCGCGUUUUCCUCGCCCCCAUCCUGCAAGAUGUGUCUUCGACUGCGGGUUUAGCAGGGCUCGAUACUUGGGUUGACGACAUAGGUGCGGAUUACGAAGCCCAGACGCCCCAACUUGUGGCACGGCAGGCCAUCGCUGGAUAUAGGUUCGGAAAGGGCAGACAACGGCAAGGCCAGCUCAAAAAGCUUCGAGCGGACCGUGUUUGUGAUCCUUGGGCCACGGUCGUUGUGCAACAGGUACAGGAGUGGUUCACUGUACUGAGCCGGUGGGGUCCUGACCAGGCCCCUUUGGACCGAGCGUGGCAGCAGACCGUAGCGGGAUUCCAAGAGGGUCGGACAAAUUGGCAUCAUGUCAAAGGACCCCUUGCUGCCACUGUGGGACACAUGACGGGCUUGAAGUGGAACUUUCCUAGUUUGCAAGAAUGGCGCCGACCUGAGCCCCCCACGUCUUAUGACCUCACCGUUGGUUCUGGCCGUGCAAAGGUGCUCCAGGACAUCACAGACGACAUCAGCGCUGAACGCAGCAGGCGUACUGCGGAAAGUUUCGCCUGCCCUGAGAUUUCCAACGGAAUUGACUGGUUCGUGGGGCGAAA